GACGAAGGCAGCUCUGUGUGCAGCUUUACGCAUGCUCCAACGUUCUCCUCUCCCAUUGGCUGAUGUCGUGACACUGUACGCACGUAGGCGCUUCCUCCACUUGACUCGCAGCAAAAUAGAAGAUGUUGGUCCUGGUGUUAGGUGACCUGCACAUCCCCCACCGCUGCAACACGCUGCCGGCCAAGUUCAAGAAGCUGCUGGUCCCGGGGAAGAUCCAGCACAUCCUCUGCACCGGAAACCUCUGCACCAAGGAGAGCUAUGACUACCUGAAGACCCUCGCUGGAGACGUCCACAUAGUCCGAGGAGACUUCGAUGAGAACCUGAACUACCCGGAGCAGAAGGUGGUGACGGUGGGCCAGUUUAAGAUCGGCCUGAUCCACGGCCACCAGGUGAUCCCGUGGGGCGACAUGGCCAGCCUGGCGCUGCUCCAGAGGCAGCUGGACGUCGACAUCCUCAUCUCCGGACACACGCACAAGUUCGAGGCGUUCGAGAACGAAAACAAGUUUUACAUCAACCCCGGUUCUGCCACUGGAGCCUACAGCGCACUGGAAAGCAACAUCAUCCCCUCUUUUGUACUAAUGGACAUCCAGGCGUCCACCGUGGUGACGUACGUCUACCAGCUGAUCGGCGACGACGUCAAGGUGGAGCGAAUCGAGUACAAGAAAUCUUAGAGGAGGAGGAGAGGCGGGUUAUGGAGGCUGUCGUUUCAUUCCUGUCCACCGGGGGGCGCCGGCUCCCUCAGAGUCACCACAAUGUUAAUGCCGUAACAAACUGUUCAGUGAGUUAACUCUAAAUGACCCGUGUAUUAUAUUGUUUAUACGUCAUCAGCAUUGAACCCGAGAAUGAAAUAAUGUCACACGUUUUGAGCUGUCAGAAAGAGAUAUUUGGUGCCAUUUUCUUUCAUUCUCCCCUAACCUCAUUACUUUUUUUAAUUUUAUUUUGAAAUGUUCACAUGUAACCAGCAGGCCUUUAGCUUCCUGUAGUCGGCCUGGUUUCAUUCAUUUCUGUCCCACAAUAAAGAUGUUAUUUCACUUCA